UUCCUGCAGUGUCUGCCUUAUAUCUCAAAGCUCAGCUGUGAUCCAGAGUUCUUCCAGAGUGUGUGUUCAUCCAUCUCUGUGACAUCCAGAGAGGAGACCCAGCAGCUGGUCUCUCUGCUGCAGCUCCUGGGGUUCAACCUGCUGUUAACGGGAAAGUUAGGCAGGAAAACCUGCAGGUCUGCAGGGAGAGUUCUCAGACUUUGUGGCUCUGAAGUGAAUCUCAUCCUCACACCCAGAAAGAUAUCUGUCAGAGAAGCCUCGCUCCUCUUUAGACGUACAACACAACUACACAGUCUGAAACUGUCCAACAAUACGGCCUUGAGACUGUUUGGAUGGAUAAGAAGAGGGAGAGUGGCCUGUCUGGCUGUUGAUGAGCUUUCUCUCGUCCCUAAGACAACCCAACUAUCAGAACGAGUUUUGUUGAAGGUUGUCAGUAGUUUGGCAUCCGUGCUGAGACACUGGUCAGUCAGACGGUUCGACCUGACUGAGCUCAGCAUCUUUGCUCAGGGUCUCACUUCACUGCUGCUUCACGAUGGCCCUCUAACAAUCAAACUGACUGAAGAGAGUUUGCAGCAGCUACUGGCCCUCCUCCAUGAAAUCCAGGAUGAGGACUUGACCUGUUCCUUCUUCAGUAAGGUUGGUGGAGACCUGACCUCCUGCUGUCUGAACUGGGAGGUUCUUCAGUAUCUGCUGCAGCAGUCGUCAGCUCAGACCAUCACUGUGAACCUGAGGAAGAACUGCUUCUUACAGGAGAGAAUCACACGUCUGCUUCCCUUUCUGGACAGGAUUGUAUUCAAAAGGCCCAGUCCCAUUUUUGUGUUGACUGCCAUCAGAGAGAUCCAUAAAGCUCAAACCCAUCACAUGAUACCCAGUUUACUGAGGUCAUUGGAUCAUGUGAUCAACCUGACCUGCAGAGAGCUGGACUCGGUGGACUGUGCUGCUCUGCUCUUCAUCCUUCAACACAGUGACAGAGUUAAAGUAAACCUGCAGUGGACCUCCAUACCAACAGAGGAAAUAGAGUCCAUCCUCUUUACACUGGACAAAGUCUCUCAACUCAGUGUUGACAGGAAGCUGUUGCUGAGGUUCAUCCACUGCUGUGCUGCCUCUGAUGCCAGGCAGGGGGCAGCAUCAGGCCUGCUCAAGACUCUACAGCACAGGCUGGAUCUGUCCUGCUCCUCCUGUGUGGAGCUGACAGAGAAGGAUCAGACUGAGCCUCUGAGUCUGACCUUUGUUGACUGCAGGGCCGUCUCCACCAUCCUGAGACACAGCAGCCACGACACACAGCUGGACCUGAGAGACUGUGAGGUGGAAGACAGCAGUCUGGACCUGCUGUUUCCUGUCCUAGACAGAGUCCGUCUCGGAGCCAGUAAAGCUGUCCUCCUCCAGCUGGUGUCACUGGUUCCUGGGAGCAGUGAGAGGGACACAGUGAGACGGGGAGAGUCCCUGUGUAGAGCCCUGGGUGGAGAGCUGGACCUCAGUCACACCACACUGAAUCAGAGUGCCUGUGAAGGUUUGGCCCAGAUGCUGGACUUCUCUGACAGGCUGACAGAGCUGGACCUCAGUCACUGUCAGCUCACUGACCAGCUGCUGCUCACACUCAUCAAACAUCUGCAUAAAGUCCAAGUCCUGGAUCUGAGUCACAAUAAGAUCACAGAUGCUGCGACACACAGGUUACUCCAGCUGGUCUCCAUCAACCCUUCCAUUGAAGCCGUGCGACUCUUCAACAACAACAUUGUGGACAGAAGUCCCUUUAAGAAAGACAAGCGGUUUGAAAUAUGGUGAACCAGUCAUCAGUGUGGUGGUAACAUGGUGAUCAGGGAAUAAUUGUCUUCUUGUGAUCAUUGGAUGAAAACAUGCAAGAUGCUGAUACAGUAUGAUAAUCAUGUAUUAUCAGUUGACAUCAGGAAUCUGACUAAAUUCCUAUAUUACUGUGGUCCAAGUACAAAUACUGUCUUCAGUAGUUUACAAUAUAGUGACUUUAGGUUUGACAUGAUGAUCUCUGCCAGAAAUUUUUUUUUAGAUCUAGUUUUUCAAAUGUAAUGAUUAAGGAAACAGUUUAUACGGAGGCCAGGAGCAGCCAGCAAUAUGAGAUUAUGACUCAAUGAUUUCCUAAUCAAUUGUCUGGAAAAGUGGGUUGGUCUUCCUGACUUCUGUGUUAAUCUGGUUCAAAAUUUACAUCAAAGGAAGAAAGUUUUAUGUCAGUCUUGGAGAUCAUGUGUCUGUGGAACACAGCAACUGCUUUGAGAUUCCACAAAGGAGCUGCCGUGGUUCAUCAUUAUUCUCACUGUACAUGCUACCACUUGGUGACAUCAUCAGAGAGCACAAUGUAUGUUUCCAUAGUUAUGUGGAUGACACACAGCUGUACAUCUCUGCUCAACCAAAUGAUGCUCCAGCUAUAAACUCCAUUACUACCUGUCUUCUGACAAUAAGUAAAUGGAUGAGCAAAAAGUUAAAUGAGCACAAAGCUGAAAUCCUACUAGUUGGCCCCAAAACACAAAGAGAAAUGCUGUUUAAUAAUCUGGGGAAAUUAAUCCCCUGGAUAAAAUCUGAGGUUACAAGUCUUGGCAUUAUUUGAUUGAGAUCUAAACUUCAGGUCCCAUAAUAACAAGGUGACAAAAACAUAAUUUUUCCAGCUCAGAAACAUAGCUAAAGUACAACCAUUUAUAAAUCAAAAGAUGCAGAAAAACUUAUUCAUGCCUUCAUUUCAAGCCAACUUGAUUACUAUAAUGCACUUUUUACUCACCUCCCAAAAAAAGCCUCUGAGACUUCAGCUCAUUCAAAACUCUACAGUGUGACUAUCAACCAGAACCAAGAGAACACAUUAGUCCAGUUUUAGCUGCUCUGCACUGGCUUCCUGUGACAUUUAGGAUCUACUUUAAGGUCCUCCUCCUUAUAUACAAAGCCCUUGAUGGGCUAGGACCAAGCUACAUUGCUAAUUCCCUUCUUAACUAUCUUCCUUCAAGACCACUGCGAUCAUCUGCUGCUGGUUUAUUGGAUAUUCCCAGCAACACCUGAAAGAAAAUGGGGAAUGCAGCCUUUGUCAAUUACAUCCCAAAACUAUGCAACACACUACCGAUAGAUAUCAGGGAAGCCAGCUCGCUGAAUAUUUUUAAAAGAAUGCAAAAAACGUAUCUCUUCACUUUAGCCUUUAACUAGCUUUUCUCUCAGUCUGCUUCACACAUAUGCACUACUACACUUCUUUUAAAAUGUUGUAUUUUAUAUGUACUUGAUUUUAUACAUUCUAUGUAAUCUGUGUUUUAACUUUGUUUUUUUUAUUACUAUUAUUAUUAUUCAGUAUGAAUUCUAUUUUAUGUGUCAGUGGGUUUUUAUAUCCCACCUUAUAUUACAUGUUCUAUGUAUUUUUAGUUUCACUUUAUCUGUUUUGUCUUAUUUUUUUCUAUUGUCUCACCUGUUAAAUAUGUCAGUUGCUCUCUAUUGUAAUUUGAAUAUAGAUUUGAUAUAAACCAAUGUAUUUAUUGCUCUUUCUCUAAAUAAGAAACUGUUGUGAUCACAUGUUGCAGGUCAAUUCAUCUUGAUUGUUGUUUUGGACAUUUGCAGGGUACACAUUUAAUUUAAAUCUGUUUUGGGGAAAAAACAU